AUGGCCAAGUCCACCGUCGAUGUGAAAGGCGCUGCAAAAGCUGGGAAGAUGUUCAGUGCAGAUGUGGUCGCCGCCAUUCUCUGUAGCGCAGGCACCACAUCCCUUUCCUUGAAGCAGUACGAGCUUAUGAGUUCGCUCGAUGGAACUAAGACGGCCAGCGGUUUCCAGCACGACUUCCGCUCCGUCCUUGCUAGGGCAAAGGAGCUGAGAACCCGCAUUGACAACGGCGAGAUCUUUGAGCCAGUCCAGCCAGCCAAAAAGCGAAGUAAGCGUAAUGACAUGGCAUCACCCGCCACCCCAAAGAAACGCAAGACUGCGGACGACGAUGGCACCACUCCCACCAAGAAACCAAAGGUUACGCCCAAGGCACGUGCGAAGAAGGCUCCAGUCCCGGACAUGGACAUUUCUGACAGCGAGGCAUUACCCCAGGAUGCGGCUGAUUUCAUCAAGCAAGAGGCCGACUGGGCUGCUCAAGACUUUGCUUGA